AUGUCUGGUCUUGAGAUACCAGCCUUUAUCAUCGGCCUCGGCGGUCUGAUUUCUGUUUUUGAGAAGGGCUUUGAAGUAUGGCGCGUCAUCCGAAGAGCUGAGGAUUUUGGGGAUGAUGUUGCGGAUUGGAUGUGCAAGUUGGAGAUGGAGUUCUUUCGAUUCCAGACUUGGUGGACUGCUUUGGAGCACCUUGCGAUUUCGAAAAGGUCGUCGCAUUCUGUUCUCAGUGUGCCGCUUCAGUCAUCGCCUUUGCAGACGACGCUGGACAAGCAGUUCGGCAAGCCCAUUAUUGGUGCUGCAACGAGCGUCUUGAGGUUGCUCGAGAAGAUUGAGGGAAUACUGCAACGAAAUGGUGUUUUGGUCGUCAUGCAAGCCGAACCGCUUAUCACAGAUCAAGGCGCAGACUUCGUCGAGACUACAGCAAAAUCGCGACAGCGACUCAAGCGAUUCGCUAGUGAUCUCUUGAAGCAUACACCAUGGACGACUCGGAUUAAGCACAACACCAGCCCAUGGAAAGAGGACUCUGACAAAACCGCGCUCGAUGAUUCCCUGGAGUCCAUAAUCUACUGGAACAACACUCUUUACAGCAUACUGCCCCAGAGUAUUCGGGACAGUAUCCUCGAGCUCGGAAUCGCAGGUUACGCUCUGGACUCGACAGAAAACAUCAAGGACAUCGUCAAUUUGUCUAAUGAUCGAAACGGAAAAUUAAGCCAAAGUGCUAAAUUGAUGGCGAUACGGCAGCGCUUCAAAGAUGGCGCGGGCUUGAGCGCUGAUGUGGAUGCUAUACUCCAGAAGAUGGAGCUCAAAGAGGUCGCAUUCGAGGGCCUUGUCGCAGCCGAUGUCUUCAAGGGAUGUCAAUAUACGAUCUCUCAGUACACAUGUCAAAACGGUGAUAUUUCUCGAGUCCUCAUCGAAUGGGUACCCAUUCCAAAAGACUUCGACGCUUAUAAGCUGGCCCACAGUCGUAUGGCACGUAUCUCAUAUACUCUACAACAAAUUGGGACGUUUUCAGCAAUACAGCCCUUGCCAGCUCUUGGAUUCAUUGAGUUUGGGGGUGCAAGAUCUUUUGGUCUUGUGUCGACUUUGCCUCGCGGUUUUCCAUCAUCGGCCAAGGUUUAUACACUUUACGAUAUGCUAGCUGGUGGCCAAAAGUCGGCGGCGGGUAGCAAAUCAGUUUCACGAGUACAGCAUGCGCUUCCAACUCUGAACCAGCGGCUUCAGCUUGCUUCAAAACUAGUAAUGGGCUUCUACACUUUUCUCUUGACUCGAUGGCAUCACGAGCGGUUCAACUCUAUGCACAUUGCGUUCCUAAUAGAUGAGACGGACACACAGUCGAAGGCAAUUGACCUUGGUCAACCUAUCAUUGGAGGCUUCGCAAUAUCUCGGCCAGAUUCGCCGACUGAGCUAUCCAUCUCAGCGUCAGUUGAAGAUGCCGAAAUUAUUUACCUGCAUCCCGACAUACGCAAGCGUCUCAAGUCAGGAGCCAAAGAGACUGGCAACGAACAGCGCUUCCAGCGAGUCCAUGACAUUUACGCUGUUGGACUAUUACUAGCUGAGAUUGGCUACUGGCGACCCAUUGCAAAAGUCGCUGAGUCCAGAGCAAAAGGUUCAAAAGCAGACUCCAUGUCUCCCGUUCAGUUCAAAGAAGCCGUCAUAAAGAAAUGCCAAUCAGACCUAGGCUUCUUCGCAGGGGAGACUUACAGGGAUAUCACGCUGCGAUGCUUACUGGCUGGUGAGCCCGGCGGUGUUCAGGCAGAAAACGACGCUGCUGGAUUGAAUAACCUGUAUUGGGACGUUGGAAUAAAUCUGAUGACUAGUUAG